CGCCAAAGAAGAAGAAGACCGGAAGCGGUGCCACUGCUCGAAGCAACAUGGCGAACUUCGUGGAGGCCAAAACUCGAGCGGAGUUGGAAGAUUUCCUGGCUAAAGCCGGCUCCCGGCUCACGGUGGUGCACUUCCAGGCGUCCUGGGCUCCGCAGUGCGCCCAGAUGAACGAGGUGAUGGCCGAGCUGGCCAAAGAGCACGCUCACGCCACGUUUGUCAAGCUGGAGGCUGAAGCGCUGCCGGAAGUGUCGGAGAAGUACGCCAUCUCCUCAGUACCCACUUUCAUCCUCCUCAAUGGCGGCGUACAAGUGGACCGGGUGGACGGGGCGCACGCUCCGGAACUCGUCAAGAAGGUCCAGCGCCUGGCUGUCGGCGGAGUCUCGGAGCCCGACCGAGGCCCGGGAGAUCCGAACGAGCGACUGAAGAAGCUCAUCAACGCGGCGCCGUGCAUGCUGUUCAUGAAGGGCACCGCGCAGGAGCCCCGCUGCGGCUUCAGCCGGCAGAUGGUGGCCCUCCUCCGGGAGAGAAACAUCCCGUUCAGCACAUUCGACAUCCUGUCCGACGAAGACGUGCGCCAGGGUCUCAAAAUGUACUCCAACUGGCCCACCUACCCGCAGCUGUACGCCAACGGCGAGCUCCUGGGCGGGCUAGACAUCGUCAAGGAGCUGGCCGAGUCCGGCGAGCUGGAGAGCGCCUGCCCCAAGGCGCUCACCCUGGAGCACCGGCUCAAGCAGACCAUCAACCGGAGCCCGGUGAUCCUGUUCAUGAAGGGCAGCAAGGAUGCGGCGAGGUGCGGCUUCAGCCGGCAGAUCCUGGAGAUCCUGAACGGCACCGGGGUGGAGUACGACACGUUCGACAUCCUGGAGGACGACGAGGUACGCCAGGGGCUCAAGAAUUACUCCAACUGGCCCACUUACCCGCAGCUGUACGUGAAGGGCGAGCUCAUCGGGGGUCUGGACAUUGUCAAGGAGCUCCAGGAGAGCGGCGAGCUGCAGCACCGUGCUCAAGGGGGAUUCUUAGGGCACACACGUGUCAAACGUCAAGGCCCGCAAGCCAUGUCUUACUUCAAGUUUGGUGGUUAAAAAUCUCGACCAAAUUGGCUGAGCGACGCAUUUUGUUUGGCACCAAUUUACAAAGUUGUUGAUAAAACUACAUGAAAACAAAAAGCAUACCUAAAAAGAAAAGAAACAGUGUUACUUAAUAAAAUCUGUACCUACAUUGAAUAACGAUGACAUUGUAGAGCAUAUUUUGUUGAAAAAUCUUUUCCAAACCAACUAUUUUUCUUGACUUUGAUUCCAAUAGUAGCUAUUUUAAGCUCAUAACGAAGGACAUGUUCUUCUGCUGAAACGCAAAUAUGCGGGGGUGCACUUGGCCCGUCACAUUUUAUUUGGCCUGCAGUGCUCGAGGAAAUCAUGUGGAGUUUACUUUGUGUAUUUCGGUUAAAUCUGUACCGAAAUUGCAACAGUCUGUCCACUUUUGAUGACAUUGAGACAUCAAAAACAAGAGCGAUUGAAUUCUGCACUGGUAUGUGUUCUGUGGGGUAUUACUGUAGCAGAGUUUUGUGACUUAUGUGCUAGAAUGCCAUCAAAAAUACUUAAAACCGCCUGACUCAUACUGAUAGCAUGAUGAAACUAUCAGUUUCACUUUUACUCACCAUGUCUGUAGGAUGUUACAGCUUUACUACUACUACUCUUUGGCACUGAAUACAUUAAUAAAAUGUAAAUAUAAA